AUGAAAGACAAGAGGAAGAAGAAGGACCGCACCUGGGCCGAGGCUGCCCGCCUGGCACUAGAAAAAUAUCCCAACUCACCAAUGACAGCAAAGCAGAUAUUAGAAGUCAUUCAGAAAGAAGGAUUAAAGGAAACAAGUCUGGUUUCAGACCCCGACAUGGCUUGGAGACAGCGUUGGUGUGUAUGAAGGCUCUUCCUCGAAUGAAGGAUUUGGGACAACUUUCCAUGAUGAUUGUAUUAGAGCAUCAGCUGCUUUCGUGUUGGUCAUGAGGUGAUGCUGAACCGAAUGCUUGAACUAGCAGGAGUGGCUGGGAUUGCAUUGGAGUGGUUCCGUUCAUUCCUUCCGGGAAUGGAACCUCUCCGUUAGCCUGUUUGAAUGCCAUGCUUCACACUAACACUCGGAUAGGGGAUGGAACAUUCUUCAAGGUACCAGGGAAGUCAGGCCUCUAUGCCCUCAAAAAAGAGGAGUCGUCAUGCCCAGAGGAGGAAACACUGGAUCUAGUCUGUGACACAGAACUGGAUGGCACUGAGAUGGCAGAGGCCAGUGCCAAAGGAGAGGAAAAUGGGGUUUGUACCAAGCAGGUAAUUGAUGAAACAUCUACUAGAGAUUCAAACCUUACCAACACAGUGGUUCAAAGCAAGAUUGUGUCUUCCUUUCAACAGCACACCAAAAAGGCUCUUAAACAGGCUUUGAGGCAGCAGCAGAAAAGAAGAAAUGGAGUGUCCAUGAUGGUAAACAAGACUGUUCCUCGGGUUGUGUUGACACCAUUAAAGGUGUCUGAUGAGCAGUCGGAUUCUCCUUCAGGAUCUGAGUCUAAAAAUGGAGAAGCAGAGAGUUCAGAUAAAGAAGUGAAGCAUGGGCAGAAAUCUCCUACUGGAAAACAAACAAGUCAGCACUUGAAACGAUUAAAAAAGUCUGGUUUAGGGCACUUGAAGUGGACCAAAGCUGAGGACAUUGACAUAGAAACCCCAGGAUCUAUUCUUGUCAACACUAACUUGAGGGCAUUAAUAAAUAAACAUACAUUUGGUUCCUUACCUCAGCAUUUUCAGCAAUACCUCCUACUUUUGCUGCCAGAAGUGGACAGGCAGAUGGGAAGUGAUGGAAUUUUACGCCUCAGUACUUCAGCUCUAAAUAAUGAAUUCUUUGCCUAUGCAGCACAGGGGUGGAAACAGCGACUGGCAGAAGGAGAGUUUACCCCAGAAAUGCAAUUACGAAUAAGACAAGAAAUUGAGAAAGAAAAGAAAACAGAACCUUGGAAAGAAAAAUUCUUUGAGAAAUUUUAUGGAGAAAAAUUGGGCAUUUCCAGAGAAGAAUCUAUGAAGCUCACUUCUGAACCAAACAAUGAUGGAGCUGAAGGGAGUUCCUGCUGUGGGACUUCUGGUCUUCCAAGUUCUUCUGCACAGGCUCCCUUAGAAGAAAAGAUGACACAGAACAUGAAAAGUUCAGCUUUUUCAGAGCCUGAUUUCAGUGCCACACUUUGCCCUAUGAUAGAGGUUCCAACAAAAGAUGGAAUGGCAGAAUCAGAAACAGAGGAUAUCUUGAUCCCUGAAGAAGCUGUGAUUCAGGAGGAAAUUGCAGAAGAAGUAGAGACUAGUAUCUGUGAAUGUCAAGAUGAAAAUCAUAAGAAAAUUCCAGAAUUUUCUGAGGAGCCUGAAAGUCCAACCAUCUCUCAUGAAGAGCCCAAAAUAACAGUUUCUGAAGUUAACUUGGAAUCCUAUGUUGUGAUGAAUGAUGUAUUAGAAACUUUGCCUCAUAUGGAAGUCAAGAGAGGAGAGAAAUCAGAAUGUCCCCAGGAAGAAAUGUCAGUUGUUAUUGAUCAAGUAGAGGUCUGUGACUCUCUUGUUCCUUCCACUUCAUCUGUGAUUCAUGUCAUUGACACAGAACAUAACGUAUCAGAACCAGAAACUGGCAUAGAGACCAAUACUCUAAACAUAAGAACAGAGUCAAAUCUUGAAGGACAGUUUCCAAAUGAAGGAGUUGCUGUAGACAUGGAGCUACAGAGUGACCCUGAUGAGCAGCUAUCUGAAAAUGCUUGUAUUUCUGAAACCUCCUUCUCUUCUGAGAGCCCUGGGGAAGCCUGUGCCAGCUUUCCAUCCCCCAGCGGGGAAACACAAUCCACAUCCGAAGAGUCUUGCAUACCAACCUCCCUUGAAACAACAUUCUGUUCUGAAGUGUCCAGCACUGAAAAUAUGGACAAAUAUAACCAGAGAAAUCCUACUGAUGAAAGCCUGCAAGCAUCUUUGGUGUCAGAAGUGUCUCCAGUACCCACCUCCCCUGAAAUACCAGAAGCAUCUCUUACGUCCAACUUACCACUACCACCUGAAGCAUCUCUAGUACCCAACCUACCUUUAUCAUCAGAAGCCUCACUGAUGUCAGAUUUACCUGUGACAUCAGAAACUUCCUCAGUGUCUUCCGUGCUUCUCAACUCUGAGACCCCCUUUGUAUCCACUUUGCCAAUUCCCGCAGAGACAUCUCCAAUUUCCAAUUCUUCCAUGAGUGAAAGACUGGUGCCUCAACCAAGAAAGAUCCCUUCAGUAUCUGAAGAAGCACUCUCGCCGCAGAAAGAUGGGCCUUCACUUCCCACCAGACUCCUGGGAGAGAGCCUCAUCUCCCAGCAGAAGCUACUGCCCAGUACUGCUGAGAGGGGUUCUUCCCUUGCACCUGAAGCAUUCCCACCUGAAGAGCUACACAGUCAGAUGCCGAGCCAGCAGCCUUGUAAGCCUCAUGUUGAAACUGAACAGCCCUAUCCUUCUUCAAUCCAAGAACUUUCUUCCACAGAAAUGAUGAAAGUUAAAAACCCUAGUGUCUUACAACGAACAGAAAAGAAAGGGGUGUCCUCACCAUUGGAGAUAGCUGUCUUUUCUGAAGAGACAGAGACUAAGGGAAAUGAGCUCCCAUCAGCUAAAUCACAGGACAAGCAAUAUGUCCCAUCUGUGGAUAAGCAUUCAUUGUUAGAAAGCUCAAGAAAUAAAACACAUAAGCAAGGAGGCACCUUGAAUAGACCAGAGAUCUCCCAUACUUCCAAGGCAUCAGAGACCUCCAAAUCACCUGAUGCAAUACGAAAUGAAAAUAGGGAAUCAGAAAUAUCGAAGAGGAAAACUGCAGAGCACAGCUUUGGAAUCUGUAAGGAAAAGAGAGCUCGGAUAGAAGAGGAUCAGUCAACUCGGAGCCUGCCAUCCAGCAGUCUGCCAGAAAAAGAGCAGCCACCACGUGAGGAGCCCAGGGUUCCCCCUCUCAAGAUUCAGCUUUCCAAAAUUGGGCCACCUUUCAUCAUCAGGAGCCAACCAGUCUCCAAACCAGAGUCUCGAGCACCCACUAGCACAUCGGUCAGUGGAGGAAGGAACACAGGAGCCAGGACCCUCGCAGAUAUCAAAGCCCGUGCCCAGCAAGCCCGGGCUCAGCGUGAGGCUGCUGCAGCUGCUGCUGUGGCCGCUGCAGCAAGCAUUGUCUCCGGAGCCAUGGGAAGCCCAGGAGAGGGCAGCAAGGCGAGAACCUUGGCCCAUAUCAAAGAGCAGACCAAGGCUAAGCUCUUUGCCAAGCAUCAGGCGCGAGCCCAUCUCUUCCAGAGUUCUAAAGAGACCCGAUUGCCUCCUCUUAGCUCCAAAGAAGAGUUUCCCAAUCUGGAAGGCUCUUCUACCCAAGAAACAAAAAUAGAAGGCUCUACUGGUGUCAUUAUUGUCAAUCCUAAUUGCCGAUCUCCCAGCAACAAAUCCGCACACCUCCGGGAGACAACCAGUGCACUUCAGCUACCCCUUAACCUGGCUCAAGUUCCAGAAACUGCCACUGACUUAACUGUGCAUAGCUCUGAUGAAAGCCUACCUGUGUCACACUUAACUGAGAAAAUUGUUUCAUCUACCUCUUCUGAAAAUGGCAGUGUGUCCAUGCAUUUUAAUAAAAGUCCCAUCCCAAUGUCUGCUUGCAGCACUGCUGUGUCGGGGGCAAUUAAAGAACAUUCCUUUGUGAGCUCUGUUGACAAAUCUGUCCUCAUGUCUGUUGACAGUGCGAACAGCACAAUUUCUGCUUGUAAUAUAAGCUUGUUAAAAACUAUCCAGGGAACUGACAUGCCAUGCAUAGCCAUUGUACCAAAAUGUAUUGACAGCACUGCUAUUCCAGCCACUGAGGAGGGCACCAACCUGGCGAGCUCUACCGAAGGCAAGCCCCUGCCCAGCAGCAAAGCUGCUAACUUGGUCUCCAGUCAGUGCACCUCUGUGCCAGCUCCAGCCAUUGGAAGUAACUUGCCAAACCAUCUCUGCACUGGCUCUGUCUUGAUUCCCCCCACAGGAAUUAACAACAGGUUUCCUUCUGAGAAGAUAGCCAUGCCUGGGAGUGAGGAGCAGACCCCUUUGUCCAUGGGAACCACUGUAAGAGCGGCCUUCAGCUGCAGUGAUCCCGUGGCCAUCACCAGCUCGCUGGUUGAACGCCCAUCAGUUGCAGUGUUUACUGGAAACAUGUUAACUGUAAAUUCUUACCACAGUCCUGCCAAGUUAAGUGCUGAGAGCUUGGACAAAACUUCAGGAUCUCGAAAUAGGGCUGACAAUUCCGGGAAACCUGCACAGCCACCAGGGGGCUUCGCACCAGCAGCCAUAAACAGAUCAAUUCCCUGCAAAGUCAUCGUGGACCACAGUACAACACUGACCUCCAGCCUGUCUCUGACUCUCUCCAUUCAAAAUGCAGAAGCCAGCUUGGACCCCCAGAGCAGGUCGGUGAGGACAGAAGUAUCCAUCCAGCCUAUGGCAUGUCCUCAGGUGUCUGUCAUUAGCAGGCCUGAGCAGGUAGCCAGUGAAGGUGUGGAUCAUGGCUGUGGUUUCAUUGCUGUUCCUGUAGCCAAACAAGAUGGUAAGGCACUGCAAGCUCCCUGCUCAGGUCUCCAAGAACUGCCCCUUGUGCCCAACGACCUAACGGAGGCAACUGCGCCCAGCUUUGCUCACGAGGCUCACAACUCAACUCCUUUCAGAAAUGAAGCAGACACAACCUGUAGCAGCCAGUACAACCCAGGAACCCGGAUUUGCUGGAGUGAAGAUGCAUCGAAGAACGCAGGGCAGCCCCUGGCGAGUCACUUGGGUGCAAGCAAGCAGAAGGAAUACCCCGAGCAGAGUGGCCCAAAGGCUGUCAAAGCGGAGCACACCAGUUACGUGGUGCAUGUGCCAGACCUUCACCCCAGCAGCCUGGUCACAAAUGUCCCUCUUCCUAUGAAAGCUGAGCCUCACGAAGUGGACAAGGGCUUUAAGGCCUCUGAAGACUUCUCUGCCAGGGAGCUUCCACCCCCAGCCGCCUCCGAGGCAGCCAAGGGUGUCAGUGGACAGCAGACACAGGCCCUGAAGGCGUCCUCCUCCAGCCCCAGGGACGAGGCCAUCCCCUUGGCCUCUGACACUUUGAAAAGAGGGCCUAGCGCCGGGAGCUCGAGCUGUCGCCUGUCCUCCGUGGAAGCCAACAACCCACUAGUGACACAGCUGCUGCAGGGGAACCUGCCUCUGGAGAAAGUGCUGCCGCAGCCCCGCCUGGGAGCCAAGCUGGAGAUCAGCCGGCUGCUGCCCCUUCCAACUACCUCAGUGGGGAAGACGGCGACGGCGCCCGACCGGGCGGGGGGCGACGUGCCGGCCAGCUCCGCGCACCCCGACGGGAAGGGCUACCUGCCCGCGGCCCUUGGCCCCCUCCAAAUGAAAAAGCGAGAAAAUCACCCCAAGAAGCGCGCCUCCAGGGCCGCCGGGGAGCAUGGUCAAGUCAAGUGCGAGCCCGGGAAGCUGCUGGCGGACCCGGACGCGCUGGGUCGUCACCCCUGGCCCGGGCCCGCUGGGGCCAGGGCGGUCGGCGGGGCUCAGGCCGCGCCCAUGCAGGGCAGGCCCGGGCACAGCCCGGAGGCCAAGCCGCAGAAGCGGCUGCUCCCAGCCUGCGGCUUCCAGCAGGGCCUGUACCACGUGGACAAGAAUGGCAGCUUCCAGCCCCCCGACGCCGGUGCCCCGCACAGACCGCAGUUUUACCAAAUGCCCAUGGCCGCCCGGGGCUCCAUCCCCGCCUCCGCUCUAUUGCAGGCCUCUCCCAAGACCCCAGCGGGCUGCAGUACCUUCGCCUUCAACAGGCAUCUAGAACAAAAGGGACUGGGAGAAGUUAACCUUUCCGCAGCACCUCACCAGCUGAGGCUAGCCAACAUGUCAUCCCCCAAUAUGCCCAUCAAAGAAGGGGAGGACAUGGGAGGCCCCGCACACGCAAUGCCCAACAAAGCGCUAGUGCACCCGCCCCCUCCCCCGCCGCCUCCGCCCUUGGCCUUGCCGCCCCCGCCCCCACUACCUCCGCCUGUCCCCACCGCGGAAGCCGCAUCUGAUCAAAAGCAACCUCCGGUUGCCAUGGAAACCACGAAGAGACUGAGUUGGCCACAGUCCACAGGCAUAUGUAGCAAUAUCAAGUCGGAACCCCUUUCCUUUGAGGAAGGCCUAAACAGCUGUGAACUGCGCACGAAACAAGUUUCCUAUGACCAGACUGAAAUGAAGGAACAAUUGAAGGCAUUCGCGCUAAAAAAUGCAGACUUCUCUUCCUAUUUGCUGUCUGAGCCUCAGAAGCCUUUCCCACAAUUAGCUGGUCAGAAGGUGCAGGUGCCGCAGCAGCAGCUCUGCGGAAGUUAUCCCACCAUCCACUUUGGGGGCACAAGCUUCAAGAGGGCAGCCUCCGCCCUAGAAAAGUCCAUGGGGGUUUUGGGAAGUGGCUCCAGCUCCACCACAGGCCUGGCAGGGCAGAGCGCUCAAACGCCAGUGCAGAACUUUGCGGACAGCAGCAACGCAGAUGAAUUGGAACUGAAAUGCUCUUGCCGGCUGAAAGCCAUGAUUGUGUGCAAAGGCUGUGGGGCCUUCUGUCAUGACGACUGCAUAGGGCCUUCCAAACUCUGCGUAGCUUGCCUUGUGGUACGGUGAGAACUGAGUAAAAGAUGCAGUGUCCCUUCUCCGCUCUGAAAAGAAAGUCCCUAGCCACAGCCACAGCAGAUCGAAUCAUGCGCCUUUAUUUUACUUGGGGCAGGUUUGUCUUCUUCACAGAGAGGGUGUAUAGCAGAAGGAUGGCCCCACAGCAUGUCUGCUGUGUGUUAACGUGCCACUCACCGCAGUGCGUGGAUAGGCCACUGCGUCACCUUUUCUCCCAACCCCUCCCCCCACACUCCCCCACAACUUUUAACCCAGAUCUGGAUAGGAAAGGGACAUUUUUAAUUGCCUAAUCACCAGACAUGCAGAUGCGGAAAGAGAAUGAUAAAAAUGACUUAGGGUGGUGAUCAUACAUUUUCUUAUAGAUUUAUGAUGACCACAAGCAUUUUUGCAGCCACUUUUUCUGGACCUACGUUUACCGUAAUGGCUGAGUCAUAGUUGGAAUGAGGAGUCUAAUGUAAAUGUGUGAUUCCUUUUAUAUGUAUUUAUAUCAUUAAAGAUACAUCAAAGGAGGUAUGCUAUCAACGAAAUACAGCUUCCCAUCUCCUCUCUGUUCCUCAGAGACAGUAAUUGUACUUUGGCCUUGGAUUUUGGACACAGGCUGUAGUGAAAUAUAUCCUGAACCUGAAAUGGUAGUGUGGGUCUCCCAUCAGUAAUCUGGUUCUAGCCCUUGGAUAUCUGAUAAUGAAAGAUCAGCUAGCCAGCAGAGCUAUAGACCUAAAAGGUUGUGGACUUUCAUGUGUGGCCUUUAAGAGCAAGUAUUUAAAAAUUGCCCUAAAAUUAUAUCAAACAAAGAAAAUGCUAUCUAUGCAUGCAUAAAUGGGUUAAUGUAAAUAUUAGCAUUCAUAGUCAUUCUAAAUCAGUUAUUUCAUUGCAGUUUGGGGUACCUAAAGCCCUUUUUAAUGACAUUCUGGCCGCCUUCUUUGCAGAGGUGGGUUACCUCUUUUUACAAGUGUCAUUAAUGAUAAAAGGGACUGCAGAAGCUGAAGUGUGACCUUUUUAGAACCAUUUUUCUCUUGCAUCACAAUCUAUAUUGCUUUUAUUUUAAUAAGCCCUUAUUAUUUAAAAAUUGCUCUCCUGUUGCAUGUUUUGCUGUUUUGUUCCUCAUGUCUGGGGAAGUGGAAGGGCUUUGGAAAGGGAUACUGCAUCUUAGAAUUCUCUUCAUGUUUAUGUAGCGAAGUCUGAGUGUGGAAGAUAUUUGAGCUGUGUUCCAUAUACUCCAGCCACCCUCAUACUGGAAAACAGCUGUGUGGUUCAGGAGGCUCUGUUUGGAAAAGCAAAUUCAAAAGCACACAAACACUGUGGGAAGAUGAAAAGAAGGAAAACCAUGCCCAUUUGACUUCAGAUUCAGAGCACAAAAUAUGGAAUGUCAUUUAUUCAUUGUGGCUGUAGAAUUUAAAAAAAAAAUGGAGGGAAAACCACCUGUAUCCAGGGUAAGAGUGAUGAGUACUCUCAAGUGGAGUCACUCUAGUGCAUAUAAACUUUUUGACAUUCCCUAAAAAUGUGUCUUAAAACUUAAUUGCAAUGAGUUGAAGUUACUUUCCUGAAAGAAACAAAACCACAUUUGAAAAUAAUAAUAAUCAACUAUGGUGUGCUUUUUUUUUUUUCUUCCAUAUUUAUUAUUGUGAUGUUGCCAAAUUUCUUUAGGUGAUAGAAACAUCAUUUCUAUUAACAAAUGGAUGGUGGUGAAAGCUUCUUUAAGAAAGAGAAGCAAAAGAAGCCUACCCUGUGGUGGAGUUUGGUGCUUCAGAACUUAUCACUCCUGUUUUCAUAUUAAGACUAACAAAAUUAAUGGCGGAGAAACUUAAAGUCCUUUCCCAGCCCUUUCUGAGGACUGUGGCCUUAGAGCAAAUCCUUACUAGCUGCAUACGAGGCUGUACUCAGACAGAGUCCUCAUCAGUGAUGUCUUCACGGUCAGUUUGGGUAUGAUAUCAUCUUGGUUUUGAAGAUCCUGCUCUUAGAUUCACAGAGGGGCACUCCAAAUGUAGACAUUUGCAUGCCAACUUCUAAAUUUUAUUGCUGCUAUUCCAGUGUCAGAUACUGUCUACACCAGCACAUUCAAAACUACCGCAUCAGUAGCUGAUACGUGUUCAAAGAGACUCCAGUCUACAAAGCCUUUGCACUCUGUGUGUGAGGUUCGGUUGAGGCUGGUGAUACCGAGCUCAUUGCCAGAUCCACCCUUUGUUGAAUACUGCCAGCAAAUUGCCUCCUGGGGAUAAAGAAGUGUCCUUCUGUAUGCUUGGAUUUUUCACGUAAUAGCUCCGAAGAAUCACUUACUGAUAGUGUGUGGAUUUUGUCACCCAGGUCCAAAGAGUAAUUGUUCUACACCCUUGUUCUUUUCUGUCCCAGUUCAAGUUCCUGGUGUCUCAUAUGGCUCAUUUCCCAGAAAAAAUUGUCUUUGGGGUAAAAAAGUAAUGAAAAAAAUUCAGAAACAAAAUUUGGCCCAGAUAUUUUAUAGAUGUCCAUUUAAUAUUCACAUAAAAGUAUAACUUCAGUAUAUUUGAAUUAGGCAAGUAGGUAGUUUCCUUAUUUCUACAUAUUUGUGCUUAUGAGCAAAUAGACCAAGUUAUUUGCUGUAUGGUUAUUGUGGUAUAAUGUGCAAAUUUCAUUGUGUGCAUUAUCCUGACAUUGAACACUAUGAUAUCCCAGUCAGGAAUAGAUCUUGCACACAUUAAGCAUUUUUAUUUUUUAAUUAAAAAGGUUGAAUUCCCUAAGUAGCACUUUUGGAGCAAAGGGGGGAAGGAACCCAUUAUCCCCUAAUCCCCUCCUUUAGGAUAUGCAUAUGCCUGAGGAGUUUAGAACAUUUAGGUAUUGAAUGGGAAUAUUAAUAACAUUAUGAGGCAAAUUCAUUUUCAAAAUGAAAAUAUUUUUCCUUCCCCAAAAUGAGGAUAGUAUAAAUGUUGGUGAAUGGAGCACCAGAGUUCUAUGAGUAUCUAGUGUGCAGGAAAAAAUCUUGAAAACCUAUGAGGUUGAGUCUGUUGCUAUAAUGACUUUGUGGUAGCAUGUGUUGUGGGGUGAGCUGCAAAAGGUGUAGUUGACUUCUGGACCUUGGAUAUUCCUACUCCGUUCAAAAUAAACAUGCAGAAACAAGCUGGUGCCCACAGUGCUUUAUGAUUCAGUCAAGAGUAAAACUACAUGAUGCUGCACAUCCCUUCUUUAUGAAACACUUGCACAGUAUCAAAAGAGGAAGUUGCUGUGGCGUCUGGCUUCCCUGCUUCUCCCUGGCAUGGUGAAGUUCCAGGACUGAGACGCUAAAGCCAAGCUCAGGGUGUCUGUCUCCCUGAGGUGUGGAGGCCCAACAUUGUCCUUGUUGCCUGGGGACCCGACCCCCACCCUGGAACGUUCAGACUCACUCAUGUCCAUCCGUGUUCCCAGAGAACAAUGUGAAGAGUCCCAGGACAGGAACUCAUUGACUGUCAGGGGCCUAUGUAGCCAAAAUAUCACUGUAAGAAAAAUUCUUUUUGACUCCAGUUCCCAUUCUUUGUCAAUGUAAAACAAACAAAAAGCAUCUUUACUGUCAUUUUAAUGGAGCUGCUUGUUUUCCCAGCACACAUUAUUUAACCUUGUACUAUAUUUGAUAAUUGCAGAAUAAUUUAGUCUGUAGAGAGACUGUUCUAUCAUGAAUGUUUCAAAGAAAGUGCUUUACUAGGUUGCCAUGAUUUUCUCAUUCUGCUGUAUGUCCGUCUGGCUUCAUAGAAAUUGUCUCUGAUGCAUAUUUUCAGUACAGAUUUUGUUUAAUGUGUUGUUGUUUUUUUUUGUUUUGUUUUUUGGGGGUUUUUUGGUCAGUAUUCUGAAUGUUUACAUCUGUUUGACAUUAGCCAUGAAAUGCCUUUGUUUUUAAAGGCAGAAUUACUCCUCCUGUAAGAGCAAAAUGUGAAAUUGGCCUACACGUGUGCAUGACAAACAUCGAUGGGGGUGAAGGCCCCAACCUACACAGACUUUUUCUAUCAUCAGACAGAAACAUGAAACCCUCCUUCAGUCCUCUACCAAAGAAUAUAUUAGUCCCACAAGAAGAACUCAAGAAAGGUGUGUAAAGUCCUCAGAAGGAGGAACAGUGAUUCAGUAAGACUGCUACUAUUCCAUACUGUUAUGCUUGCUUUGAUACCUGAUGAAAUGUGACUGACUGCAACAAGCAUUAAAAUGAUUUUUAGACAGUGUUUUGUUUAGAAUUCAGGGAUCAUGCAUUCUUUAAUGGUGCUGUUUGUUUUUUUAUUUCUUCUUUUCUACAAAGAAAAAAAGUUUUGCCUACAAAAGUGACUGCUCACAGUGUCAUAAGUUAAAUGAGACUCUUCACAUUUCUCCACUUUCCCUUUCUCCAUGUUACAGUUUGGGUUUCAGUAUCAAAAUAUUCUGGGUAAAAUAAAGACAUUGAAAAAUGAAA